AUGUCCUUCGCCCUCCGUGCCCGGGGCCUCCGUGCCGCCACCCGCUCCGCCGCCCUCAAGCCCCUCCGAGCCACCCUCCCCCACGUCCGCUACGUCCAGAUGGACGCCGACAAGUCUUCUCCCCUCGUGUCCGAGCUCCCAGCCUCUGGUUCUGAACAGUUCAAGGUCCAGCUCCACUCCGAGACCUUCCACUCUUAUCGAUGCGACGCCCCCGCCCCCGAGACCACCGUCACCAAGGACGAGCUCGUCCACAUGUACCACACCGCCGUCCAGAUGCGACGUAUGGAGCAGGCCGCCGACGCCUUGUACAAGGCCAAGCUUAUCCGUGGUUUCUGUCACCUCGCCAUCGGUCAGGAGGCCGUCUCUGUUGGUAUGGAGCUCGGUAUGACGCGCGAGGACAAGGUCAUCACUUCCUACCGAUGCCACACCCAGGCUGUCUUGAGGGGUGGUACCAUCAAGGGCGUGAUUGCCGAGUUGAUGGGCAGGAAGGACGGUAUGUCGUACGGUAAGGGUGGAUCGAUGCACAUCUUCACCCCUUGCUUCUACGGUGGUAACGGUAUCGUCGGUGCUCAGGUCCCCGUCGGAGCCGGUAUCGCCCUCGCUCAAAAGUACUUGAAGAAGCCCACUGCCACUUUCGCCAUGUACGGUGACGGUGCCUCCAACCAGGGUCAAGUCUUUGAGGCCUACAACAUGGCCAAGCUCUGGAACCUCCCCUGUGUCUUUGUCUGUGAGAACAACAAGUACGGUAUGGGUACUUCUGCCGAGAGGUCGAGUCAGAACACUGCCUUCUUCACCCGAGGUGACCAGAUCCCCGGUCUCCAGGUAAACGGUAUGGACAUUCUCGCAGUCCGAGAAGCUACCAGGUGGGCCAAGGACUGGGUCGUCUCCGGCAAGGGUCCCCUCGUCGUCGAAUUUGUUACCUACCGAUACGGUGGUCACUCCAUGUCCGACCCCGGAACCACCUACCGAACCCGAGAAGAAGUCCAGGCCAUGCGAUCGUCCCAGGACCCCAUUGCCGGCUUGAAAAAGUACAUCUUGGACUGGGGAGUGACGGAUGAGGCUAGCUUGAAGGCGAUUGACAAGAGCGCGAAGGAGGAGGUUGAGCAGGCUGUGAAGGAGGCUAAGGAGAGUGCUUUCCCGGACCUGGUCGAGUUCUGGCAGGAUGUCUACUACAAGGGUACCGAGCCCGGGUUCAUGCGUGGUAGGGAGAAGGAGGAGGUUCACUACUACAACCAGGAGUAA